AUGUCUGUGGCUAUGGAUAGAGCUUUAAUGGCUCUAACACUGGAGGAGGAAGAAGAACCGUUUAUCAUGCCAGAUCUACCAGAGUUUACUUCGGUGGAAGAAAAUCGUCUGAGUCUUAUGGGAAGAAUCUUAAACCCGGAUUACCAGCGUAUGCCGGGUCUCAUCAUAACGAUGCCUCGCAAGUGGGGAAAAGAGGGGAAAGUCAGAGGAGUAGCUCUUUCUCAGGAGAGAUUUCAGUUCAUCUUCCAGACAGAACAUGACCUGUUAGAUGUUUUGGAGAAAGGAGUUCACACGUAUAAGGAAUGGGUCAUUGUACUGGAGCGAUGGGUGGAAAACCCUCCUGACGACUAUCUGCAGUUCAUUCCAUUGUGGGUGAGGAUAAGCAAUAUUCCAGUAAACUACUACACUACUGGAGCAUUGACGACGCUGGGAGAUAUGGUGGGGAAAGUCAUUGUCGUGGCUUUUGAUCCUACAAAGGCCAUUACUCAGGACUUUGUUAGAGUUCAGGUUCGAUUCAACGUUGCGCAUCCGCUGAGAAUGGCUAGAGUCCUGAACGUCAAAGGGAAAGAAGUAACCAUUCACUUCAAUUAUGAAAGAGUGCAAAAGAGGUGCCAUGAAUGUCAAUGCUUGAAUCAUGAGAAGCCCAAGUGUCCCCUGAUGAUAAAGAAGCGACAGGAUGAGGCUCAAGCAAGAAGACAGAAGGUGAUGGAGAGAUUACCAAUUGAUGUUGGGAAGCUGAACCUAGAGGAUCCUCUGUAUGGGGUUUUGGAAGAGACACAAAUGGGGAUAGAUCCAGGUUCCGGAAGGCCCAAGAUAGCCAAAGAAGUCCUUGAUGAGAUGCGAAGGUACAUGAUGGCAGAUACUGGUGAAGAUAGAGCCAUCAAAGUGGACAAACUCAGGACUACGGUCAGGGAGGCAGAGGCAGAUCCAGUUGCUCAAAGGUCUGUCCUUCGUCUGGAGACAGUGCCGAUAAUUACUCGUGAUCUCAACAAGGGUAAAGGGCCGGUUUUUGAGUAUGGGGACAAAGUUCAGAAGAGAGUGGAGUUUGAUUUGAAUGUCAACCCAAAUAAACUUAUGGCUGGAGCUUUCAAGGCUUUCAACUCUUACAGUGUAACCAGUGCACCUCUUCUUCUUCUCGGCUCGGAGGCAUCGGAUGAAAGCAGCGUUGCAAGUGAGCAGCGAACCCCUUCUGUAAGUUCAACGGUUUUCCGGGCAGGCUCUUUGGAACCUGGAAUUUCCGGAACGAUCAGAAGAAGGUUUGCUCCUCGUAGACGUCCUCCCAAAGGAGUGAGAAAAGCAAAUGCUGCGAUCUCCAAGAUCAAGAACCAAGAGGACCUUGAAGACAGGAGGGAAGGGAAGCAAGAGAUUGGAAGUAGGAAGAGAAAGAAAGUAGAGCAGGAAGAUGGAGGCAGGUCAACAAUGAAGGCUCAGUGCCUUAAGGCAGUCCCGAAUGAGGGACAGCCCAAUCCCCAAUGA